GGUCCGAGUUGUAGGUUUUGGAGGUGAGCGAGGGCUACGGAUCUGGGUAUUGGGUUCGGCAGUGCUACGUCUCCUGUUACUCUCCCUGGUGGUUUCGGUAGCAAAUGAUUCCCAAAGCGGCUCCGAGUCAAAGUCUCGUUGUUCCUGUACAGGAAGCUGGCUGACCGGCCGAGGUCUUGCAGUGAGCUCUUGUGUGUGUGGUAGCGGGCUGUAUUGUCUAUAAUUGAGACAGAGAACUGCAAUAAAUGCUGUGACCUCGAGAACGUGCCCUGCUAACGACAAGAAAUAAACCUCGCAGACUCGGGAGUUGAGCGCUUCAAACAGCAUCGUUUAUUAUAAUACUCCCUAAUUGGGAACCAGUUCCAAGAAAGGACACCAAGUGACACGGACGAGGUGUUUCUAAAUGGUUACAGAAUAAAGAAUAGUGGGUAAAGGGUAAAUAAGGUGACUUGUAGUGAUCUAGUAGGCACCUGUAGGUAGAAGAGCUUUGGUCUGUAGAGCAUCUGUGAUCGGUAGCAGGGGAAUUUUCCGGAUGAUUAGGUUAGAGCCGCACUGAGGCGGGACCCUUAACUGUUUAUUUUCCCGCUGUAUCCUUCCUCAUUUGGAGAGAGGGACGCCAGUGUGACCAGUUUAAUUGUGUGCUUGCACACUAAUAGUUCCUCAAAACACCUUUACUCAGGCCAUGUUAUUCCUAACUUUCUGUAUAGGGAAUCUGAAGGUUAAAUUCAUUUUCUACUUUGUAAACAUUAUAAAGAUAAGUCCUGUAAGCAUCUUUAACCAGGCUGUUUCAGAAAAGUAGAAAAAUGACUGCUGGACACGGGCAUUGCUCCUAACGAAAUUCUCUUGGUAAGCCCUAACCACCAGAAUGCUGGUUUAAAUGGGGUGUUGUGGUACCAGCCUGUGUGUAAUUUCAGAGGAUCCCCUGGAACUGGUGCUGCAAAGGUUUCGAGCCACCAUAAGGGUGCUGAAAACUGAACCCAGGUCCUCUGGAAGAGCAACCAAUGCUUAGCUGCUUAGGCAUCUGUCUCUCCAGCCCAGCUCAUGGGAGGCUAAUGUAGAAGGCUCUCCCAGUUUAACGCAAGCCUGGGCUACAGUGGAGAAAGGCGCUCACAGACACAUAAUGUCAAUAGUCCGUUCAGCCGUCCACGCCAAAUGGGUUGUGGGGAAGGUGAUUGGUACAGCAAUGGUAAAAACUGCUAAAGUAAGAGCGACCAGACUUGUUUUGGAUCCCUACUUACUAAAGUACUUUAAUAAGCGGAAAACCUACUUUGCUCAUGACGCCCUUCAGCAGUGCAGCGUCGGGGACAUCGUGCUCCUCAGAGCUCUGCCCGUCCCACGAGCAAAGCACGUGAAACACGAACUGGCAGAGAUCAUCUUCAAAGUGGGCCGAGUUAUCGACCCCGUCACAGGAAAGCCCUGUGCAGGAACCGCCUACCUGGAGAGCCCCCUCAGUUCAGAAGCCACUCCCCCCUGCGAAUCUCGAGAAGAGCUCAAGUCCUCCUGAACCUGGGGAAGAGGGAGCCAGAGGAUGGAUGUCUGUCUGUUUGCUCAGUGGCUUUUCAUACUGUUUCUCCUGUGACAUUAGAAGUAUUCAACAGAGUAAAGAGCUUAGCGUUCCAUAAAGGUUCGCAUCCUUUUUCAGAUUCUCUGCCCUGAAGUUACCUUCCGAGUACUCUGUAUGCCUAAGCGUGCUGCGUCAUUCCGUAAGCUCACUGUCCUAGAUCAUAUAUGUAUUGUUUUGUUUGCCAUCACUCAAAGAAAUCUUGGACUUUGCACCUUUAUUUUAAAAGAAGAAAACCUUUUGAUAAUAACAGAAAAGGCUAAACUUAGUUUCGAUAGCUGAAUUUUUCAAAAUAUAUCGUGUGUGUCCACAA